UUUGAAGUAAUAAUUUCGCUGUUUAUUGAACAUAAUGAAAUUAAUCUUUGGUUUAACUUUAAUGCUCAUCGGAGUAGUUGCUUCAAAAAAGAAGGACUUAGAGAACAAGAUAUUUAGAGGCUAUGAGAAGUCUCAGAGACCCGUUUUAAAUGAUGACGAUGUAAUAUACGUAGAUGUAUCACUGGAAAUAAAGAACAUUCUUGAAUUUGAAAUUGCAAAAGGAUUAAUGACAAGUAAUCUGAUACUUGGAUUAUCGUGGUAUGAUGCUAAUCUUAACUGGGAAGAAGAAAAAGAAAACGUAAGCUAUAUUAAAACUCAAUUAGAGAAAGUGUGGUACCCUAACGUACAAAUAUGUAAUAGCGCUACAGGCAAAUUCACAUUUGAUGGAGAUACAGGAGUCACGCUAACAAGCAAUGGAAAUACGUCUCUCUAUAUAGACAGAAUUUUCAAUACUUACUGCGAUAUUAACGUUGAAAAAUAUCCUUUUGAUGAACACAAUUGUGAAAUAUCUGUUUGCUUUCGACACCAGCUUAACACGGAAGAAACUUUAAAUAAUUUCGUGUACAAUGUGACAUAUAAUCCAGCAUCCACUCAAUGGCAGUACAGUUUUAAUGACAAGGGUAUCACAAAAGACGGCAUCAUAACAGCCGGUGUUAUUGUUCACAGCAAAAGAAACAUUUCUAGUGCAACCAUAACCACCAUUAUACCCCCAAUUAUGUUAACAUUAUUAAUCAUAUCUGUCUUUCUAUUGCCAGCUGAAUCUGGAGAGAAAGUUUCUGUUGCAAUUACUGUUUUUCUCGCAAAUAUUGUUUAUCUUUCUGAAACUGAGAAAAAACUGGGUAACAAUUCGCGUGAACCUUCUAUAUAUUUAAUAUAUCUAUUAAUUCUGACACUCGUAAGCGGACUUUCUUCUGUCGGCUCAGUGAUUGUGUGUAAACUGUACGUCCACCAGACCGGUGCCAACACCAAUUCAGAAAACGUUAAUGAAUCAAACGGAACGAAAAAUAAAAUCGGGAUAAUAGGAAACACAGAUGAACCAAAUAUUGAGUCGAAAGAUAAACUGACUUCUAAGAAACGUCGAAUAACAUAUAUACAGCUAGACAAGAUAUUUUUGGCAGCAACAGUUUUGUUCCUUGUACUCUAUAUCUUUAUUUCCUUAUAA